AUGUCGGUGGCGAACAUCUGGUGGCAUGACCAAGAAGGGAAGAAAUCAUCCAAAGUACCAAACCGCAAUGGAUUCAGACCAUGCACCUUCCUGUUCUGGCCGGUGUCACUUGUGUUCAUGGAUUUGGAUGAGCCGCUUGAUCUGCAGUUGUUCAGAGACGACGACGACGACGGUGACCUAUUCUACAAGAGAAGGCUUCAUGCUUUGAUCAAUGGCAAUGUAUCACCGCCCAAGGCCGCUACUAAUUUCGAUACCUAUUGUUGA